ACUCCGAGACUCCGAGCCGUUUGAGAAGCCGGGAAGCCGGCACCGCCGCUCGGGUGCUUCCCCAGCGGCCCAGAGGCAACAGGAACGGACCGAGGCAGCUGGUACCAUGGAGAUUGUGUACGUAUAUGUCAAGAAGCGCAGCGAGUUCGGGAAGCAUUGCAACUUCUCCGACCGCCAGGCAGAGCUGAACAUCGACAUACCGCCCAACCCUGAGCUGGCCAAGCAAUUCGUGGAGCGGAACCCCGUGGACACGGGCAUCCAGUGCUCUAUUAGCAUGUCGGAACACGAGGCCAACACAGAGCGGUUUGAAAUGGAGACCCGGGGGGUUAAUCACAUCGAGGGGGGCUGGCCCAAGGAUGUGAACCCCCUGGAACUGGAGCAGACGAUCCGCUUCCGGAAGAAGGUGGAGAAAGAUGAGAACUACGUCAACACCAUCAUGCAGCUGGGCUCGGUCGUGGAGCACUGCAUCAAGCAGAAUAAUGCCAUUGACAUCUACCAGGAGUAUUUUGAUGACGAGGAUGCGGUGGAGGUGAUGGAAGAGGCCCCUUCAGCUAAAACCGUCAGUGUUUUCAGGGAUCCCCAGGAAAUUAAGCGGCCAGCCACACACAUCUCCUUGCACCCCGAUGGCAACAGGAAGUUGGCAGUGGCGUACUCUUGCUUGAAUUUUCAACGGGCACCUGAGGGCAUGAGCAACGAAUCGUACAUCUGGGACCUGGAAAACCCCAACAGGCCAGAAAUUGUCCUAAAGCCGUCUUCUCCUCUUGUCACCUUGGAAUACAACCCCAAAGAUUCCCACGUGCUCCUGGCAGGCUGCUACAAUGGGCAGAUCGCCUGUUGGGACACCCGGAAGGGCAGCCUGGUGGCGGAGCUGUCCACCAUUGAGUUCAGCCACCGAGACCCUGUUUACGGCACCAUCUGGCUGCAGUCGAAGACGGGCACCGAGUGCUUCUCAGCGUCCACGGACGGGCAGGUCAUGUGGUGGGACGUCCGGAAGAUGAGCGAGCCCACCGAGGUCGUCAUCAUGGACAUCACCAAAAAGGAACUGUUGGAGCGUGCCUUGGGGGCCACCGCCCUGGAGUUCGAGGCUACUCUGCCGACCAAGUUCAUGGUGGGCACGGAGCAAGGCAUCGUCAUCUCCUGCAACCGCAAGGCCAAGACACCGGCUGAGAAGAUCGUGUGCACCUUCUCGGGCCACCAUGGCCCCAUCUAUGCCCUGCAGCGAAACCCGUUUUACCCGAAGAACUUUCUGACCGUCGGCGACUGGACCGCCCGCAUCUGGUCAGAAGACAGCCGGGAGUCGUCCAUCAUGUGGACCAAGUACCACAUGGCUUAUCUCACUGAUGGUGCCUGGAGCCCGGUGAGACCAGCGGUUUUCUUCACCACCAAGAUGGACGGGACCUUGGACAUCUGGGACUUUGUGUUCAAGCAAUGUGACCCCGCCCUCAGCCUGAAGGUGUGUGACGAGGCCCUCUUCUGCCUCCGGGUACAGGACAAUGGAUGUUUCAUUGCCUGUGGCUCCCAGCUGGGGACAACCACGCUGCUGGAGGUCUCGAAUGGGCUGUGCACCCUGCAGAGGAACGAGAAGAACAUGGUUUCCUCGAUAUUUGAGCGUGAGACCCGGCGGGAGAAGAUCAUGGAGACCAGGCACCGUGAGAUGCGACUGAAGAAGAAGAGCAAGGCGGAAGGCAGGGAAAGCUACCCGAGCGAAGAGAAGCCUGCCUUGAGCCCGGAGCAGCUGGUCACCGAGGCCGAGGAGGAGUUCUUCAAUGUUAUCUUCACGGAGCUGAAGAGGAGGGAGGCGGAAGCCAUGAAGGAGAAGCCCAAGCCUCUGAAACUACCAAGUCUGCAGACAGAAGAUGAGGUGGAGGGAGAGGAACAAGGGGAGGAAGAAAGAGACGGUGAAGAGAGUCCAACCUUGGAAGGCCAGCCUUGAUCGGAGCCCCGCUCACACACGUGCCUGCUUCCCACCUCUCGGCACUGCCCUGGUUUUACAAGUCGGGGUGCUGACGCCCUCCCUUAAAGGGUCUCCGGGGUAAGGGAGGGCUGGAGGAGCAAAGGGGCCCCAACCCAGCCCCCAUGCCCCACAGAUCCCCGGUCCCCGGUGACUCCCUGAGCCCAGCCCCAAGAGACGCCUCGGAGGGAGGGAAGGGGCAGGGUUCAAUCCCGAGCUGGUCCCCUGGUCUCAGCCACACCGCAGCCAACCUCACCCAGGUCCCCCGGCCCUCCCUGUUCCCUUGGAUUGAGCUUUGCAAGGGCUUUCCCGACAAGCGUCUUCCUUCACAAGCUCGCAAAACCUCCGCUGGGCUUGCCGUGGCCGUGGCCGGGCCUCGGGAAGGCCUGUGGGUGCGGGAAGCGGUCUCUCCUUCUCCCUUACUGACCUUCCGCACCCAUACAUGACUGGGGAACAGAA